GCCUUCCUCAUACAGAGGUAGUUAGUAUAGCGACUAAAUGGCCGCCAUUGUUUAUGUAUACCAAGGUUCAACAUGAGUUCUAAUCGAUGAAUCCUGGCUGAAUAAGCGUGAUGGGUACGGGUGGGAAGUGUGACUCGGAGCAUAUCCAGGCAGUGUUGACCUGCCAAGGAGAUAUCGACGACCCAGAUUUCCCGACCAGAUGCCAGACCAUCUUUGACAAACUAGCUAAAGUUUUAGACAACCAAGAGUUGGAUGUUACCAAGUGCGAGCCAUGGAACUCUGUCAAGGUAACCUUCAACAUCCCUGUAGAGGCCGCAGAGAAGCUGGCGAGACUGGCGGAGGCCGGGGACCAGGUCCUUCGGGACCUCGGCAUACUCUCCAUACAGGUCGAGGGGGGACAGGUUAUUUCUAUGACAAUGAUCGAAGAAGAUUCCGACAGCGAGGCCGAAUCCUCGACAUCCACGCCCAAUUCCUCGCCAGUCAAGCCUACGCCUGUCCUACCCAUAGAGGAGAAAGUAAAAGUGAAAGAGGAGCCGUUGCUCGCCGCUCCGGAUCAACCGUCCUUGAAAAGCUCCGCCGCGUCGAGAAACCAGUUCUCCGCCGCCCUGCUGAGCUCUACUCCGCCCCGACCAGGAACCUCUAGGUUACCUAGUACACCUCCCCCGGCUGCAAUGCUCAUCAAAACUCUUCCUUUGUCAUCAGGGGCCUCAGGUAAAUCAUCGGAGUCAAGUUUACCAGGGUUGAGCAAUUCUCCGCAGUUGCUGGGAGGAAAGGAAGGACGUUUCUCCGCUCUCCUCUCCUCUAGAACUCUUAAUUUUGGUAAAAGUGAACUAUUAAAAGACAGUGAGGAACCUGCACCCAAGAAAGCUCGAAAGCAGGAAACAAUCAGAUCUAGUGAUAAUAAUAGUUUAGGAAGUGCUGGGUUCCCCUACAGUAGCCUAGGGGGUAGUGGUAGUGGGUUUACAAUACUCCCAGUCUCGAGUAUGUCGUCGCGAAGUUUACCUUCAGGAUCUCAAAUUUCUAGCCAAGACAGCGCCAGUCUGAGCCCAGUCAGUGGCUCAUCUGUCAACCUAGCGAACCUACCCGGGGUUAGUUUAACAUCUGUCAAUCCCCGGUCAAAUCAGCAGUUUAACAGCCUUUCUUCCCGAAAAGGGACGCUCAUGCCCCCACCCUCCUCCGUUACUCUCAGCCCAGUGCCUAGGACUAACAAUGUGAAUAGUUCGAAUGAUCGGACGACACAAGUCCUGUCGGACGGUUUGAGUGAAACUGGUGAUAAAAAGCCUACUAUUAUUACCCCGGUUACUCUUGAAAGUGCAAAACUCUCGUUGCAUAGUUCGAAGGUCGGGAACAAACAAACCCUUCUCAUAAACCCCGUGACAGGACAAUUCGAGGUUGGGCCGGUCGAACCUCUUAGUGAUUCCUCCGACUCUAAAAGAGAUCAAGGGGCGGCGGCGAAACCGUCCCCGGAUCCGUCCUGUAUCUCCGAAGGUUCGGAUAAAUCUAAACAGAAAAUUGAUUCCCCGAGCUGUAGCCCGGGUGGAUCCUCUACCUCAGGUGAACAUUCCUUGAAACUCAAGUUGAAAGUCCCAAAUAAUAGUUCAAAAGGUUCAAAGGACGGAUUAAUACAAUCCAAACUGCAGAAUAAAGUAACUGAAACCUUGGAGCCCAAACUACCAAAACUUAAGAUAAAAUUGAAAGAGAACAGCGUAGAACUGGAGAAUGAACAGAAUUUAGAAUCUAGCGCCUUAAACUUCUCGGAGCCGGGGGAGCUACCCCAGGCACACCUUCAACUCGAUCUCAAGACCAGAGUCAGGAUUAAACCGUUGCCGGAGAAGGUUCGAAUCCUGGAAGGAGGAAAGGCGGACGGAUCUUUUCCAAACCUGAAUCAAAUAAACCACAUCUCUAUAGAUACAACCCCGGAUAAGAAGAAGAAGAUGAGCACGAAGGGGAAGAAAGGAGAGAAAGGGGAGAAGGAUAGACUGGCAGUGUGGACAGAGAGUUUAGCGAAGCACAGCCAGAGAGAGGAUUCCGGGACGAAAGAGACGAAAUCUUGGCCUGAACUACUAGAAAACCGGUUACUUAAUAAUUCUCCUCAUUCCACCCUUGCCUCUACCCUAUCCUUCAGUAAAACUGAUAGUCUUAAAAAUACGACGGAGAAAGACGAGGAUAAAGUUGCGGAUGAGAGCGAGGAUCAUGAUUUAAACUGGGCGGGGCCAGGGCUGGAGGGAGCGGAGCCUGGCCCUGGCCAAACCCUCCCUUUAUCGCCACACCCUGGGAAUCCUCCUAAACCUCCGGACGAGGGUAAGGAGGCGGAGAAUAAGUCGGAGGAGAGGAAGGAUCCAGGUUUAACUAGUGUCUUGGAUAUACUAGAGGGACGACGUCCUCUCGGAGAUCCAGUUUCCCCCCUUGGGUCUCGAGGAGGACAGGAUCACGGAGGACAACAGGGUGAGGACAGUGGUAUAGAGUCUAUGGAUACACUGUCGGAGAAGAGUCCGAACCAAGGAGAGAGUCCGUUUCAUGCUGUGAAUGAUCCUUGUAUCGAGGGAUCCAGGGUUCCAACCUACUCCAGUAGUAUGGGAUCUGUGUCGGGGAAGGUUAGCCCACCAGUCUCAGAUAGUGGGAGUACAGAUUCUCUGGUGACCUCAACACCUCCGGAUAAAUCUCCUGCUCCUCCUCCCCCUGCCAACCUUCAUACACAGCAGGAGAACAGUGAGACUAAACCCGACACAAGGACAGAUUCUCAAACCUCACCAGACUCUAUCUCGUUGCAAAGAUCUGAGUUCAUCCCUUCCUCUGAUACUCAAACAGAGAAACCUGGCAGUCCAAAUCCAUCCUCGGAAACAUUUCCAAAUUCUCCGAAACCCUCGGAUAUCUGUGAUUCCAAACCUGUAGAAACUAACACGGAAAAUUCCAAAGUCACAAAUCACCCUUUAGACCAAGAACACUCUUCCCAAAGUAGUGCUUUAACUCCCAGGAGAAGUAGUUUAACUUCUUCUGUGGAAAACAUAUCAAAUUCACAAUCAGACAAUGUCUCCCUAGACCUACCGAUUCAGAACGGAGAUACGGAGAUGGAGGAGAAGGAUUCUGAUCUAAUCAGAUCCUGUGACGGUGCUGAUGAUAAAUGUCCUGGAGAUUUGGUAGAAAUUCCUCGUCCAGAUAAUUCUAAAAGUGAACACCCGCGCAGUAUGCAUGAUUAUGCAAAUGUGAAAACUGUAAACCAUGUUUCUAAAUCCUUUAGCAAUAAUAGUAAUUCAGACUGUAACAUAAUAACUGUAAGAAAUGGAGACCGGAGUCCACCUCCAUCCUCCCUUCCUUCUUCAAGUUCGGUUGAGAUUAAAACAGUAGAACGGAGCUUAGAUCAGGUUUCAGAACAGGCUCCGGGUCUUAUUAAUCCGAGUAAGGUUCUAGAUCCAGUGAACCGUCCAUCUUAUCCUCUCCCAGUGAGCUCCGUGAGUAUAACAACACUAGGACCCGCCGGGAUGAGUGUAAGAACCCAGCUUCCCCUUCGACCCGGAGCUAAGAUGGUUCCCGUGAAAUUAGUCAGUGUAUCUGGAGCCGGUGGUCGGAUGGUCCGAGUUUCUCCAGUCAAAGGAGGAGAGAUCGUCGGAACUACAGUUGGAACAUCAGGACUUCCUGCUAGAACUGUUGUCAUCAAAUCCAGCCUUCUUAAAUCCUUCUCGGAGCAGAGUUCUGACGGAGCUUUGACUACCUGCUUGGUCCGGCUGGCCGGGCCCGCCCCUGCCUCCACUACUAGCCUUGUAAGCUAUCCUGCCCUUCCUCCUUCCAGUAUCUGUGAUAAUACCUUGUCCGGGGAACCUAGUCAGCCCUCAGUCAACCCAUCAGGUCAUUCUUCAUCUUCUCAACAUUCUUCAUCAAGUAGUUCACCUCUUCCUCCUUCUACGGAGACGCCUUUAGAACCUAUAGACAGUACGGUGGUUUCAGAAACAUCAUUGAAUGCUUCUUCAACGCCCGCUAAGUCUUCUAGUACGCCUUCAGCUGGGUUGGAAACGCCUACAACGAGUUCAGAUACACCAACAUCAAGUUCAGACACGCCUAUAAAUUCCGAAACAGUAUCAGCAGCUGGGGACCCAGUUAAACAAACCAACGGUUCCACCAGCUCUUCCCCUCAACCAAGUGACAAAGAUGAAUCUCCAACUGACAAGGUUUCAGUUAACUCUGGUGUACUUGCUACCCCUGAAGAAACUCAACCUAUGCCGAGUCCUCAACCUAAAUCUAAAACUCAGGUCGACCUCACCAACGGUGAGAUUAGCGAGGGUUCUGAUCUUAAGUCCAAAAGAUCUAGAAAUGGUAAGAGGAGCAGUGAGGAGGAAAGCGAAGGAUCCUUACUCCGUCCUCUGAUAGCCAAGGAUGAUGUUGAAUGUAGUUCUCCUCUCCUAGCUCCGGAAUCCCCCGCCUCGGGUAAAAGAUCAAGGAGGGAUACAGGAUCCUCGGUUCAAUCAGAUAAAUCAGAUCUUAGUAUUCUCUCCAGUCAAUCCCUUGAACCUGCAGCUAAACGGUUGAAGGAGGAGGUGAAGAGUAGGCGAGGAUCAACUAGUCCAGGAAUCAGGGAGAUGAAUAGAACACUAGACAAGAAGAAGGUAGAGGACAAGGGGAUUGAAGGACAGACUGAGAAUAAGAUGGAUACAGGGAAUGUGAAGAAGAACAAUUCACUAGAGAAUAAGAAGGAAAUAUUAUCCAACGGAUCCAAGAGCUUGAAACCUAAACCUGAGUUAAAGAAGGUUGGCCGGCCUACUGGGGUCAAGGAGAAGGUCUCCAGUAAGACUGAUGCCAAGGUUGGAGGAGCUAAACCUUCAGGAACAAACUUGGUUCCUGACCUGGGCAGAAGGGUCAGUGCACGAGUUAAGAAACCAGAUGAGGCGACACCUGUGAAUGAUAAGAAAAAGAAAAGAUGAGAUUUGCUAAACCAGGGGGAUCCUGGAGGAGGUCUAGAACAGGACAAGGAUACAGCAGAAGGACUAGAACAGGACAUGGAAACAUCAAGAGGACAAGAACAUGAAAAGAAUAAAAGAGGAGGAGAAGAACAGGACAAGAAGAAAGCCGAAGAACUAGAGCAGGACAAUUAUCCAACAGGAGGACAAGAACAGGACAAGAAGAAAGCCGAAGAACUAGAGGAGGACAACUAUCCGACAGGAAGACAAAAGCAGGACAAGAGGGAAGCCGAAGAACUAGAGCAGGGCAAUUCUCCGACAGGAGGACAAGAACAGGACAAGAAUGAUGUUUGAAAACAAGAGGAUGAUUUUAAAGAACGGCAGGAUAAAGACAAAGAGAAAGGUUCAGUCCUAAUACUAAAAGAAUGUUAAAGUUUAUGAAAAUAUUAAGUUCAAUAUUGAAUUAAAUGAAUAUAAGAUCAGGAGAAGCAAGAUCAAGAAAGGAUUCUGUUCAAAGAGAAUUUAGAAUUAGUAAAAUCAAUGGUUUGAAAAGAGCAAAGAUGAAUUCCAAGUCCAUGAGGAUCAAAUAUAAGGACAGGACAGAGUAGAGUGUAAGAUGAGAAAAAGGAUCCCUCUAAGAUUAAUCUGGAACCUGAGAAUUAGCAUUUACUAGUGUUCUAGGCUCGAGAUAGCUCGAGGAGAAGAUAAACCAGUUUAACAUCAACCAGAACCAGAAACUCCACAUUUAUGUUGCAGUCUUUCACAGAGAAAGGCAUUCUUAAAUUUUCAAAGAUAUCCGUGCAAUUUCCACAUAUAUUACAAUGAACACUUUACACGUUUUUAUUUAAAUGUUAGAAUUGGGGCUGAGAUUAAGUCCUUGAGGAAUCGUGAUAAAUCCUCAAUAAUCGGCCGUCGUCGCCGAAGCUAGGAGUAGUGUAAAUAUUUCUGUUAUUUCACGCCGUGCACCCACCGCCGGCGGGUUAAUUAUAAACGCCUGUACCGAGAUUUAUUGAAUAUGUAUAUAAUAUAUCAGAUUGUUGACAUGUUAUGUACACUGUUACAAUUAACAUUCUUAAAAUCUUUCAAUAAAUACAAAUUAUAA